CUUCCACUCGCCCUAAUUUCACCACGCCUUUUACCAGCCUUUCAUUGUUCUGCUACCGGGUCUUCUCCAUUCUCGGCUGCUCCCGUGAGUCUUCCAGCCCUCGAAUCUUAGCAUUCUACGCCGCUUGAGGCUCUGAUAGACCACUGAGCAUUUUUCCUGCCAUAAUGGCGGCAGCCGCGGAGCCCCGCACGCUGGAGCGCCUGUGCUCGACCAAGUUCGCGAAACACCUCAUCGCGCCGCUGCAGCGCGCCUCCUCGCUUCUCGGCUCGGGCGACCUAUGGCAGAUGCACGCCGACGCCGACGACGCCGCGGAGGCAGCCGCCGCCGCUCAAGGCGGCGCCGACGGGACUGCCAGUGGCGCGCGGCGCUUCUGGAAAAUAAGCACCGUCGUCGAGCGCAUCGAGUCGUCUUUAUCUCGCUUCGCCUGGAGUAAGCCGCCUCUUGCGCCCACUGCCCUGGGAAAACCGCUGAAAUCGCUGCGAAUCGUGAUCGGCACGACCCGCGAUUCGCCCACUGGCACGCUCUCGCCGACAUCCCCGAGUCCCGCGUCUAGGAGGUUCAAGCAGCGCGGCUCCGCCGAGGCGCAGAUUAAGUUCCGCGUCUCUCCGUCACCGCUCGGCGGCGCCUCGGGCAUAUCCGAAUCCGCCACUACUACUACUAGUCGUAACAAGGGCGUUACCUUUCAGGUAACGAAGGAGGAACCUAUUGGCGGCGCGGCUCCCAUCGCACGGCGUAGCAGGGCGUGCAUGAGCAUGGACGACGAGCAGCUGAGCGCAUGGCAGCAGGAAGCCGCAGCGACGCUGUCAGACGACGACAGAGACAACGGUAACGCAAACGCCACGUCAGAUUCGGAGGGGUCGUCGCCGACGUCGCCCGAGGCAGAGAAACUGGAUCUGGAUCUGGGGAAUCUGGGUCGCGCUGACGUGUCACAGCGGUCUGCCGCGCGCGUGGCGCGUUCCAGCAGAUGGUGCACGCAGAGCGGUCCGCUGGCGAGACGGAGCCAUGAGAGUCACGGCAACGGGAACAGCCGCAUUGUGGUGAGCCCUAAUGCCGGCAGUGGGAGGGGCGGCAGCAGCAGGGCUAUGGUGGUUGGUGUGUCGCGGUCGCUGACCCCACCUGCCAGCCCCACCGUUAAGACGUUCUCCUUCGAGUCGUACCGCCAGCAGAUGACCGCACAGUGACCACAUAGAGACCGCACAGUAACCACAUAGUGGCCAGAACUGGUUAGAUAGAUACAGCAUGUGUGCUUGCCCUCUCUGAUCCGACAUCUGCUGGCAGCAGAUGACCUGGCCGCAUAAUGGCGGUGUUGACUCGUAGGGUGCUUGCCCACCCUGGGGUUUGCCCCUUGGCUCCCUAGUCAGGUCGGUCUUGCUGGCUCGGGCUUGCUUCUCCUGUCAACGGGGAGAAUUCUCUCAGGCAUCUGACAGAUUCAUAUGUUCCUGUUAGCUGAACAAAAUGCUGUUUAUAGAGCCCAAUUGUGAGUGCUUUGUACGCUCGUUGCAUUGAACUGUUUUGUGGUAUAUCCUGGCAGAGGACAUCUCCUGCCUCCAAGGCGUUCUCACCCACCGC